AUGGAUAAUUGGGAAAAAGAACAAGAAAAACUACGUUUAUUAUGGGAAACAGUAGAUGUAGUGGAUGGACCGGAUGACGAGGAAGAAGAACUGGCUUCAGAGGAAGAUGUUCUUGAAACAAGGUCUAUUGACAGUGACUCUGAGCAGGAUGCUGAUGAGAAUUGUGAGGAGGAAAAUGGCCCGCCUGCAAAAAUUUUCAGAACUCCAUGUUUUGUUGGAAAGGAUGGAACCACGUGGCCGCUAUUUGGUUUGCUUUACCUGGCUGGUACUCUCAAAAGCAGUAGACUGAAUACAAAGGAGAUUUGGGAUAAAAAAGGAACAGGUGUUGAACGAUUCUGGGUAACGAUAUCUGAACAACGUUUUCGAUUUCUUUUGAACUGUUUAAGAUUUGAGGAUCUAUCUACCCGAAAUGAAAGGAAGGAACUCGACAAGCUUGCGCCCAUAGGAGAAACAUUUGACUGUUUUGUACAGAAUUGUAAAAAUGCCUACUGCAUAGGUGCUAAUGCAACCAUAGACGAGAAACUUGAAGCUUUCCGGGGGCGUUGUGGCUUUAAACAAUAUAUUCCAAGUAAGCCGAACAAAUAUGGAAUAAAAAUAUUUGCUCUGGUCGAUGCUUCAACAACAUACUGUACUAAUUUAGAAGUUUAUGUAGGGCAACAACCCGAGGGUCCCUAUAAAGUAAAAAACGAUGCAUUUAGUAUUGUUUCCCGUCUUGUGGAACCAAUUUCUGGGUUAAACAGGAAUCUCACUUGCGAUAACUGGUUCACCAGUAUCGCUCUAAUUAAUAGUCUACUUCAAGAACAUAAGAUAACGUUUGUUGGAACAUUAAAAAAAAAUAAACGAGAGCUGCCACCAGAGUUCGUCAAUACAAGAAAUCGACCAGAAUGUACUUCUGUAUUUGGGUUCCAGGAAAAUAUAACAAUAGUUUCAUAUGUUCCAAAAAAAAAUAAAAAUGUAAUUUUAGCUUCAUCUCUACACCAUGAUGAUUCAAUUGACAAAUCGACUGCUGCAAAAUUCAAGCCUGAGAUAAUAACCUACUACAAUCAAACUAAAGGCGGCGUUGAUAAUUUUGACAAGUUAUCUGCUACUUUUGAUGUAGCAAGAAACACCAGGCGAUGA